AUGGUGGCUGCAAAGAAGACAAAAAAGUCGCUGGAGUCAAUCAACUCCAGGCUAGAGCUUGUUAUGAAAAGUAGAAAGUACGUGCGGGGGUACAAGCGGACUCUGAAAAUGAUCAGACAUGGCAAAGCGAAACUGGUCAUCCUCGCCAACAACUGCCCAGCCCUGAGGAAAUCUGAAAUAGAAUACUAUGCCAUGUUGGCCAAAACUGGUGUCCAUCACUACAGUGGCAAUAAUAUUGAACUGGGCACAGCAUGUGGGAAAUACUACAGACAAUGCACACUGGCUAUCAUUGAUCCAGGUGAUUCUGAUAUCAUUAGAAGCAUGCCAGAACAGACUGGUGAAAAGUAA